AUGCCGGAGUUUGAUCCGGCGGCCAAUCAGCAACAUUGGUUUCACCGGAUUGAAUUCCGCCACGUUGGGCAUCCAUCACUGGCCGACUCGCCGUACUCUUCUAAAACCCGCCUGCCUAACCUAUCAGGAAACAGAAAGAACCACUUACCUUCCUGCCUUCAUUUCGGCCCUCCCAUACCGAUCGCACGGAAUAUUACCUUCAACAUCCAGUAUCCGUACAUCCCAUUCAUCGCCCUCCCUGUCGCCGGUGACGUUGUUGCUGCCGUCGACGCACCAAGGCCCGUACGCAACCACGGUCCGAGUCACUGGCUGUUCAAUUUUGCCACCCUCACCUCUUCCUCCUCUUUCCCAUCCUCCAUCACCACCAUUCAUCCACUCAACACCAGCGUCUCCUCAUCCUGCUACUACUCCUCCUUCUUAUCUCAAAAUCCCCUGAUCAUUGUACAAUGUCUACCGAAACCUGCACUUCAUACAGCCCUGCCACUUGCAAUUGCUGGCAUGUCCCUCGAGUCCACGGAUACCCCCCAACUUGACUCCCAGGAAAACUCCAAAUUCGGCUUCGAUCUCAACCUCAUUUCAGUCUGCAUUUUGGUCUGCAGUCUCGGCUUCACAAUGCGAUCUCUUUCUCGGCUGUCUUACUCUACCUUACCAUCUUGCUGGCCACUACCAACACAUUCCGACUCUGCCGUCUUCUUACCAUCAAAACCUUGCAUUGGCCCCUUGAGUUCCGCUGCAGUGGACAGCCCCUCAGCUGCCGCCCUCAUGCUUAUCCACCCUCCUCUUCGUCUUUGCUGCUUCGAUAUACAAGAUGCCAAUUAUGACAAUCAUGCGAAGAAAGGGUUCAUCUCUCCAAGCAAGCAGCACACCUUCGCUUCGUGUACACCACCCCGUGUAGGUGUAAUGCGCCGGCUGUCGGUUCUGUCUGUUGUUUAA